UAGCACAGUGCGCAUACAGACUAUCGAAGGCAGCCGCCACACUCGUAGCAAAGAAGAGAGGACGCUCCUCGCUUGUCUUCGUUGUUCGUCUACACGUGCUAAAGUGCGGAAGUUGCUCAUUCCGUGUGCACGGGGCUGGCUGUGCGUGCGUGAGAGCCUCUCAAUCAGUAACGGGCAGCAGCCAACAUAUAGAAAGUCUUCUGGAUGCGAGAGCGAAAAAAUUAUUAUUGCCGCUAUAUCGACGCUGCGAGGUACAAGUCCUUAAGUAAUCAGUACCCACAUCGGUAUUCAACUCGUAAAACCAUUUGAAAAAAAAAACGGAAAGCAGCAGAAUGACAAUCUCAAUUGUAAAAAUGUAUAUUUUCAUAAUCUCACUAAUCUUUGGCUGCGUGAACAGUUGGAAUAUUGGUUCUGGCGUCACGUACGACAUAACAACGAGUCUAUUAAUGGGAGAAAUGCCACAGUUCAUCAACACUAGUAUCGGCGACGUUGGCUUUCAAAUCACAGGAAAAUUAAAGGUUUUACCAAUUUGGAAAGAUCCCGCCGAUCCAAGUACUAUUCUCCUUUCAAUUAAGUCCGAAUCACUAAAAUUGUGGAUCAAAUCCAGAAAAGCUCCACGGCCCGAAGGUUUCAUCAAGCACGAUUCACGAAUAGAAGAAAUUACCGAGGAUGCUAUCGUCAUUUUGUGGAAAGACGGCGAAAUUAAAAAGAUUUUUGCUGUCUACGCGGAAACUUUAUCAUCGUUGAAUCUUAAACGCGGUUUUGCAAGCAUAUUCCAGUACAAGAAUCGCCCCGACGUCGUUCAGGAGACUGAUGCGAGUGGUGUAUGUACAGUAUCCUACAACACUCUAUCUUCAAGAUCUGUUGAGAAAAUAAAAAAAAACUGUGAUAGACAUAAAAUUCAUAAUCCUAAUCCAAUUCUUGGAGUUAAUCUUAAGAGUGUCUAUAGAAGCACAUACGAUUUUACCGAGUCUUCUAUACCUAAACUCGUCAUGGAAGACGAGAAACAUGUGAUGAGUUUGACGGCCAAACAAGAAGCUCGAACAUCUGUAACCACACACAGGAUUUUACAAUUAGUUCCUGGCUCGAUCUCAGGUAGCUCAAUAACAGCUCCUACAUUUGCCGAAGCUUUAAGAAAGCUCGAUUCACGGUACAUGGAAGUAUCUUUCAAAGCGGAAACUGAACGAAUGGCUUGCCCCGAAUCAGGAUGUCCUACAUUAAAUUCAGUAUUGGACAGCAGUCGGAGUGCACUCGACACGUCCGUUUUGGGCACGAUAAAGUCUGCGCAUGCUUUUUUGAAACUAGUACCUUUAAUUCGAAAUACCUCUGCUGAAACACUCACGAAAAUAUUGAAAAGUCCACGCAACCAUAAUAUUUUGCCACAACUGUACGAUUUGUAUGGUUCAGCAUCGAGUCCUGCAGCUCAUCAAGCUGCCAUGAAAGCUCUCAGACAGGACAACAUCGGCGAUAAUACAGAACGAUAUUUAUGGGCUGUUUCAAUGUCACCCUAUCAAGAUUCGGAUAUCAUAAAGGAUAUUUUAACACGCUCCGAAGAAACGCCACAGAAUGACAAAGUGUCGGAGACUUUAGCACUCAGCGCAGCUGCAAUGGCUAAACGAUAUGGUUCUCUUAGUGUCAUAGAAAAAGUAAAGAAUAGUUUGGAAAUCGGCCUGGAGACAUGUACAAGCGAAGAGUGCAAAAUGAAAUUCCUUCGUGCCUUGGGUAAUUUAGGAUCUAAAACUGUUAUUCCUACUUUAUUGAAGUAUGCGACAGGUCAAGGCAGAGUGAUGGGCAUCAUUGCCUGGAAAGCUAUGGGAAAUAUGAAGGCUGAAUAUGUUACGGAUGAAAUUAAAUCUUUAGCUAUGAAAACUUUCCUCGAGCUUGGGAAACAAAGAGUUGACAGUAGUAUCAGAGCUUUAGCUUUGAAUGUCAUUGUGAAAAACAAUCCAACCGUGGAGGAUCUACGGGUAUUAUUGUUAUAUCUAACGAAUCCAGAUUCGAUGUAUGAGAUAAAAAAAUACUUAGUCCAAAGAUUCGAACAGCUCUCUAACGACGACAUGGCAUUUCGACGAAAGUUUAAAAUCGCUAUUCAGAAAGAAUCAUCAAAAGUUAAUAACUAUCACGCAUUCGCUCAACGUGGACUGAGCACUGCAUUUACUAGAACCUUUCUUAACUCAGUCAGUAGCAACGGCUCUAUAGUUACAAUCCAAGAAAUUAAAGGCGGCCUUUUAAAACGUGGAAUUGUUGAUGUUGUACUCGAAAGUAAUUCUUAUAAAUAUACGCUUUUUUCCCUUGGUCUCUUUGCAGGCGGACUUGAUAGUUUUAUGUCUUCGAGUGACCAAGAGGAAAACGAAAUACCGCCAGAGAACGAAGUAGCAACUGCGGGCAUGGAAAUCUCAUUUCUAGAUGUAGAUAUUCGACCGUUUAUUUUCUUCUCUGGCCAAGGAGAAUUAAUGGGUCACGUUUGGUCUGGUACCGCAUCGGAAAAAACACCAGCUUUUCAGACAACUGUUAACCUGCAUCGUCACCGAGAACUGAUUGCAUUGGCAUCGGGGUUUGUUGUUGAAGUAGAUGUUGAAGGAGCAAUGAGUGUCGACUUAUCAGGAAAAAUUAGUCUAAGUCUUUGGUCAAGAAAUGCGCAGUCAGUUGUUGAAAUGGGAGCUGGAAUUGCCAUUCAAGGUGGUAAUAAGAUUAUAACCGAUUUUGUGCACAGUAGAGCUGAAUUUACUUUAACUUUAGAGCCUAAACUUGAAUUGGCAACUGACGUUGAUUUUUCUGGUCCUAUAUCGUUAUGUAUGAGAUCGUCUCAACCUGAUGUGUUUGUCAAGCAUAAUAUUUACAAGGUAGAAAGGAUACCUGGUAGUCGACAUCGAUUGCGCAAAACACGUAGGAUUUCAAUAAUUUCACCAGCGAAAUCUUACCUACUAAACAAAAAGAAUAACGAGAUGUGCUCGAAAGUUUUCAAUUAGUUUACUAUUGAUUAAUGAAAUAAGAUUUUUGACUAGACACUUAAUUACUAAUGUCGAUAAGGAUGAUUAGGUGCAUUUGUUAACUUACACGGGGAUACACAGUUUAAUUUCUAUUGAUACUUGCUUUUUAAUUUAAAUAAUUUUCAGUAAUAUUCACAAUUUUUGCUAAAAUUGGAAGAGCAUUUAACUUUUUAUUUUAAAAAGCAAAGGUUUUAACUAGUUGAACAGACAAUGUGUGUUAACCAAUAGCCUUUAUUGUAAUAAUUAUUUAAUUAUAUCAAAAUAAUUAGAAAUUAUCGGUAUGAUUUGAUUUUCAAGUAAUUUUUAAUAAUAAAUGAUGUAUAUAAUAAAAGAUAAAAAUAAUAGAACAGUUAUUUUCUGAGAUGACUAGACAAUAAUUUUAUAUUAAUGUUAAUAAUGUUGACCCAGACAAACCACUAAAUUAACACCUUGUUUAAUAUUUAUAUUUUCAAGGAACCCUAAUAGCGUAUUUUUAUAUAAUAACUUUUGUAAAUGAUAUACUUCUAAUAGAAAAUGUUUGAUCUUUAAUAUAUGAAUUUUAAAGUAAACAAACAUUUUUGAUAUCGUAUCUAUUGAUUAUUGGUAUUUGAAAAGUUAAUUUGUACAACCUUUGCCUUGUCGAAUUUAAUAUAACGAAAAUAUUGUAACAAUCGAUCAAAUACUAAACCGAAUUCAAUUGAACAAAUGAAGUUCCUCAAUUGAUUGUCAGAUAGAAUUUUAUUCCAUUUCAUAAAUUGUAAUCAUAAUAAAUAAUCCUAAUGAUAGCAGAAUGAUCAAUUAUGAAAUCAUAUAGAAUGAAACAUAUUUUUAUUUGAAAAUGUGAUAUUAUACAACAAUAUCACGUAUUACAAAGAAUCUCUCAAAAAAUAUUCAAUGAAAAAUAUGUUUCUUCGUGAUUUUCACUUGUUAAUCUUAUAUAUAGUAAUUCGGUUAUUUGUCAUUCGAUUCAUUUCAUAUUAAAAUUCAUUUAUUAACAGCUUCUUAUAAAGAAAAAGAGACGUGUUUAUUAAAAUUCCUAAUUUGACCAUUAUUAAUACGUGCAUUAAUUUAUCGUUCUCAAUCGAAGAAAUAGUUUUUACUAGAUAAUAUAGAUAAUAGUUUAGCAAAAAGAAUUUGGUGUUCCGAUAAUUAGCACAUAAUUUCGCUUAGGUAUUUUUUUUCAAUUAAAUUAUAUAAAUCCUGUAAAAAACAUUUAAACCAUUUUCUCCCACUUGAUAUAUAAUAUAUUUUUCUAAAACAGCGCGCAGUAGAUUCAAUUAUAUUAUAAUAGUAUUGCGAUAUAUAUUGUUUGAUUGAUAUUAUGUAAUAUAAUAAUAAUAAAAUUAUGCUUAUGCGGUUAUUACUGAAAUUUAGAAAAUACCCGAAAACUUGUAAAUAAUAUAUUUUUUAAAGGCACACACAUAGAAUAGAUUUAAUAAAUAUUUCUAAAUUGGUUUUGUGUCUUCAAUAACUCGUUUCUUGGUUUGUUCGCCUGAAUAUUCUUUAAUUCCAUCCCCAGUUGAUAUACCAAGAAUUAAAGGAUAUUCCGAGUAUAACAAUAUAAUUUAAUAGAUAAAAUUUAAUAAUUCAUAUAAUUUAAUAGAAAAAAAAUACUUAAACGAAAUUGUAUGUUAAUUAUCGUUCUACCAAAUUCUGUAAAAACUAUUUCUUCGAUUCAUGCGUAAUUCAUGAAUGUAUUAAUAAUGGUCAAAUUAGGAAUUUUAAUAAACAUGUCUCUUUUCCUUUACAAGAAGCUGUUAUUAAUUAACGAAUUUUACUAUGGAAUGAACCGAAUUACGAGCUGAGGGUAAUCGAAACAUUGAAAAUGAUGUGUGGAGGUGAAACUUUUAAUGCAAAAGUUAAAUUUAUGCCCAAUGUAAUUUUACGAAGUACUCCGAUAAUUGUAUUUAUGAAUCCACCAGUUAUAUUUCCUAAAGAUAGCGCAUUUGAUACUUGAUGUACAGUAAUACCAUUUUUCCAUGCAUUUUUUCUACGGUCAUAGAUAUUUUAUUUACUUUCAUAAUUAAUUCAUUGAGACUCUUAUUAUUAUCUUGUGUCGUAUAAUACCAAUCCGCACCAAUCGCUACCGAUAUGAUUAAGAUAAUUGAAAAAUGAUUUAUUCAGAUCAACGAGAAAUUAUGUCAAAUAUUAAUUUUUUGUUGAAAUAUUUGUAAGAGUUUUAUUUUAUUGAAUCUUUUUAAUUAAUUUACCAAUGAAUUAUUAAGUCUAUUUAUCAAUAAAAUAAACGGCUCUUUCGUUACUAUACUAUCGUACCAAAACUUGUAUUAAACAUACUUUCUUCGUUUAAUUAAGUAUUCUAAAAUUUUCUAUUGUACAUUUCAU